GACGAAAAAAAGGUAAAAUUUCCAAUUAUAAUACUUUACAAAUUAGAGUAAGUCAAUUCUUUGUUUCACAAAUUUUGUUUUACAAACUCAAGUGUUGGCCGGCAGCGAAACGCCGAUAGACAAACAAUGAAGCCCAGAGAUCUGUGCGAUAUUGACGACUUAGCGACAUCAUUGGUCGUUGAUGUUUAUCUUGGAUUCGUCACUCACAAAAUGGACUUGAAUUUUAAAGAAAUGUACAAGAGUAAGUCGCGUCUAAAACCAGUAAUUGACAAUUUCAUACAAAACCAAGACGUGAAAAAAGCCUUCGAGUCGUUAUGGAACAAAGAUUAUAUACCCGCUUCGUUGUACAAAGAAUCGUGUAAAAAAAUGGUUAAAGAUCAUUUAGAAAGAUAUAUUGGAAUGUUUUAUUCAGAUUCCGGCUUUCGAAUCGAACCUUGCCAUAGAUACUCGUUGGAAAACAAAGUUGGCGCUAAGGUCUGUGCGACCAAACAUUGGGACAAAGAUGAUGUUAUUAAAAGGUUAGUGGGUUGCGUGGCCGAGCUCACUGAACAAGAAGAAGACGAUAUUUUGCAAGUCGGCAAAAAUGAUUUUUCUGUCAUGUUUAGCUGUCGUAAAAAGUGUGCUCAGCUUUGGUUAGGGCCGGCGGCAUAUAUUAACCACGACUGUCGAGCGAACUGUAGAUUUGUUGCCAACGACAAAGGCACGGCCUGUGUUAAAGUCUUAAAAGAUAUAAAACCUGGUGAAGAAAUCACAUGUUUCUAUAGUGCAAAUUUUUUCGGUGAAAAUAACGCCAAUUGCGAAUGUGUUUCUUGCGAAAAAUUGUUCAAAGGAGCGUUCAAAAAUAUCAAACAACACAUAAGGACGGGCCGGUACAAUUUCAGACAAACUAACGAUCGAAUCAAGCAAACGUAUCGGUCACCAGAGAAAGAAAAAGUGAUCAAGGAACCGAAGACUCCAAAGAAAAAGAAAGACAAAGUCUUGGAUCCGGUGACGCCUGAAAAACAACCUGAAGUCGAUAGAGGCGAAGAUCUACUCGGAUCCCCAUACACUAAAAUUAUUCAAAAGACUAGAGGCUUAGAUUUAUUAUCUAAAACGCCAGAAAAAUAAUUUUGUUUUUUAUUUUACAACGUAAUGUAUAACACUGCCAAAUAUUGUUCAAUCUAAUGUAUAUUGUAUAGAAAAAUUAUAUUUGUAUCCCAAAGGCAAUUUUUGUGGUAAAAUCGGAACAGCCAUCAUUAGGUUUUACUCUUGAUUUUUGGUAAACAUAAAAAUAUAUUUUCAGCGAUUGAAAACUUUAACAAACAUACACGGGAACCUAACGACGGUUGUUGUAUUCCUCGUGUAAAUUUGGUAAAGUUUUCAAUCCCAAAUAGAAAAUAUAUUAUAGUAAAAAAUGUUUGGCUGUUUCGAUAUCAGCACUGUCAUCUCAAGGGUACGUUAUUUACUUGUCUACUUCAUACACGAUGAUUAUACUUAACAGUAUUUUUGACCCGUAUUUUAAUACAAAGACUUAUUUUUGUUUUUAGAAAUUAGAUAAUUACUAGUAAAAUUAAUUUUGGAGUUAUUUUUUUUAAUUCAAAAUGCGCAAUGUUGUUUUUUUUUAAUAGUGUCAUGAUAUUUUCUCAUAGUAUUACAAACGUUUAAUAAUAAUAAAUGUUUUUUUUUUUUAAUUUUAAAUUUAUACUUUAUUACAAAUUAAUGUUUUUAAAUAAGGUAAACAAAAUGUGUGCACAUAAAACAAAUAUGUAGUCUAUUGGUAUUUAUAUCGAAUAUAGGUUUAUUGUCUGACUCUUUUUUCACCUAA